AUGACGCGAACAAGAAGUGCACCGUCGAAAUCGUACGAAGCGUGCGAGGACAAGCGUUCGGAGCAAAGACUGUUGCACAAAUGGACCCGCUACUCCAGUGCCAAACUCGAAGAAGUGGAGGAAACGCUGCUGUCAGCCCUUCGAAAACCCUUUGAAAGUAUAUUCGUCGAUGUAGGUCAGUGUGUCGGGACGAACGAUAAGAUACGUACGGUGGCGCUAAACCGUGAGUCGGAAAACAUUCCCGUCCUGUUGCUGCACGGGCUCGGUGCGGGCGUUGGGCUAUGGGUGCUCAAUCUCGACGCAAUUGCAGACCAUCGGCCAAUGUAUGCGAUCGAUAUAUUGGGCUUUGGGCGCAGCUCGCACCCGAAGUACGAUGAGGAUCCGAUCGCGGCGGAACGACAAUUUGUUGCAUCGAUCGAAGCUUGGCGGGUGGCGAUGGGAUUGGAGCGAAUGUACAUCCUGGGACAUUCGAUGGGUGGAUAUCUGGCCUGCAGCUACUCUAUUACACACCCCCAAAGAGUCGCUGGUUUAAUUUUGGCCGAUCCGUGGGGCUUUAUGGAAACACCACCGAGAAUAAAGCGCAAGUAUUGGAUCCGCAUCCUGUACCGGACGGCCCGGAAGAUGAACUUUUACCCCCUGACGGUGGUACGUAUGGCCGGACCGACGGCGGCUUGGAUUUUGAGCCGCCGGCGGACGGAUAUUACUUCGCGAUUUGAAGGAAUCGUGCCAGACGAACGGAUUGUGGCGGAUUAUCUACAUCUCGUCAAUGCUCAGAAACCAUCCGGUGAAACUGGUUUCUGUGCGAUACAGAAAAAUUUCGGUUGGCCUAUCAAUCCGAUGCUGAAGCGCAUCGACCUAAUCGAUCCCACCAUACCCAUGACAUUCAUUUACGGAUCCGAAUCUUGGAUCGAUUUUGAGGCGGGUGAGGUGACGAAGGAAAAGCGGGCCGGAUGUUUCGUGCAAGUCAAGAUAAUCGAUAAUGCUAGUCAUCAUUUGUAUGCGGACUUCCCGGACAUAUUUAACCAGCACGUUAACGAAGCUUGCUUCACGUACGAUAAACGUAUCAACGCACAAAGCAAAGUUACCGAGCUUGCGGCGGAGGAGUGA